GGAAAGGGCGGAAUAUUCUAAUGAGCAGGGAACACCUCAAUGUACAGCAAUGCGAGGGGAAAAGAUUCAAAACUGAUAUGCCCAAAUAUUGUCCGACCGCAGGAAUAUGAGCAACCGAGGCUCGUGUUAGGGUAAAACACUCAAACCAAAUCGACAUGUGUCUCUUUGUAACGUGAUAAACGUGCACAGUUGUAGCAGAAGCUGCUGACGCAGAUCACAUUGAAAGAUUGAUUGCUUUUGUUCUGCUGGGAAGGGUGAGGAGGCUCCUGGUGGACCUCGGGGUUCCUCUGAAGAUGAUGGAGCACAGGAGGAUUCAACAGCGUCUGGAGGCCAGUUUCGCGUGGCUGUGUGAACUGGAGGUCCUGAAGCAGCGGCAGGAGAGUCUGGUUCUCGGAGCCCUGUCGCUCGGGGACUCGCUGCCGGGAUGCCCGGUCUGGGGUGAUGUUGGUCCGGCUCGCAGCAGCAGAGAACAGGAGCAGCUCACUUUAAGACUACAGCUGAACCGGCUCCAGGGUGCCCCCAGUCUGCUGAUGCUGGCACUGCAACAGCAGCUCAGUGAGUUGAGGGUGGAUACAGGACUCAUAUGUGAGCAGAAUACAGAUGAGGAUUUGGACACUCCCAGUGCAUCAAGCUCAGGGUUUUAUGAGCAAAGUGAAAGUCUGUCUCCUCCACUGCGUUCCUGCUCCUCUCCAAACCUCACUGCCUCCUGUCACAGGCCCAGAUCUGUGGAUGCCUACAUGCUGGACUGGGAGGGUCAUAUGGAGCCCACAGUACAUGCCAGCCUUCCCCGCUCAUUUUCUGCCCCAUACCCCCUAUUGGAGGGUAUUGCAGAGGGAAUAGAGGAUGAAGAAGAAGAUGAAGAAAGCCCUCAGUGGGUUACAGAUCAGAGGGCUGAUGGGAAUGAAAGCCUUACAGCCGAGAUGAGCCUCACUUCUGAUGCUCAGGCUAAUCCUACAGUGAAGAUAGAUGACGGCCCAACCGAAGAGGACAUCCAGCAGGCUAUGCGUGUGGAGACGUACAUCCUGAGACUCCUGCAGCGGCGACACUUCAGAUCUACAGCAGGACUCGACUCUGAGCCCGAUCGGUGGCAAGACUUACACAAUUACCCUCCUGGUUACCCACAACUUCCACUUGACCAAUCGGAAUGGCAGGAAUGGGCACCGCUCUCAGAGGAAGGGAAUGAGGGCGAGACCCAAGACAGAUAUUACAUGAACCAUCCCAAUGCUCAGAUUGGACCAACUUCCCUAAGCAGCGAGGAGCCAGAAUCCUCCUUAGAAAUUGAUCAGUAUGGAGUUAAAGAAGUUUACGACAGCAGCAGCGACUCGCCUCGUCAUCAACCGGUUUACAACAAACGUCGUCCCACAAUGUCAGAUACCAUGAAACCACACAUUCACACCUGCUGCAAUCACACCUGCGUACCUAUGUCGUCAACUCCAGAGUCCCGUGAACAACACCAACCCAUUCCAUCUCAAAAGUGGGCUCUUCUUCGGUCCCUAACCAGAAGGGUUCCAGAGGAAGGGUGGACAACUCUAGGAGAGAGACAAACCAAGUCGACCUGCCGCUCUCGGUCUGAGGACAGUUGCGUCUCUCAAGGAUGGGCCGCCCAACCGGAGCACAAAUAUCAUACUGUGGGACGGGACAUCGGCAGGCAUCAUAGUGAUGAAUUUUACCUAUCCAAUCAGCGACUCUGGUGCUCCACUGCAGAUCUCAGUCAAGAAGAGGAUGAGGGGACAUUCAGAGAGGAUGCGCAUGAACUCAGAGGAAAUCAUUUACCGGUCAAACACACUAGUGUUCAGUUUGUGGAGCAGGACCAGAGGUUGCAAGAACGGUCAGAGGCCGCUCCUGCGCCGCCCAAUGGUUCCGACUCCAGUCUGAGUGAGACUUUCUCUCCAGGGACCAGUUCAGUGUCCAGUGACUCAGAUGAGAGCGGAGGGCUGGUCUGGCCUCAACAACUUCCUCCACGUUUGCCCCCUUCCUCCUCCUCUUCCUCACAGAAUCCCUCCAAUGCUGUGGUCAAGGUUAAAGCCUCACAUGCACUCAAAAAGAAGAUCAUGCGUUUUCGUUCAGGCUCCCUCAAACUAAUGACCACUGUAUGAGACUGACUAUGAACAUCUCUGCCUAUUUCUCCACUAAAUUCAUUUGAAACUUCCCUUAAUCUGCUUGUUAAGUCGUGACAUGUUGAAUACUGUUUCCGGGUCCAAGCUUCUACUCCGUUUCAAGUGAGAAUACCGACUCAACAGACCUUUAUGAGCACUCUUCAUUCAAACUUUUAAAAACUCACGGUGCUUAUGGUGUGCUCACAACAAUAUUUUAACGAUUUAGAAGAUCAUAAGGUUAGCAUCAAGAUUUUUCAGUUGUACUACAGCAUACCGUGAGUGUAUAUUAGCACAGUUUGUUGUUUGCUUUCGAGAUCCAACAGAGCGUCUGGACUCAGAAGCUGUGACGUGCCACCAGACUUGACCGGAUUCAGAUUUGUUUAGAAGUCCGUCCCCUCUUUGUUUAUUCUUGUUUCUUGAUUUUCACUUCUGGGAUUCUUGUAUCUUUCUUCUUGUUGAUUAAAGAUUUGAUGAGACGCAACCACAAGAUACAAAGCAAACCCACAAAGCACACCAAACCCAUUAAGAGACCAUAUCAGAUGUG